UUGUUACAUAGAUAACAUACAAGCCCACAUCAAAACAAACAAGUCAAGAAUUGUUUUUUAAAAUGGUUAAGAUGAUGAUGAUGAUGAAAGUAGCUUUUGCGAUGACGUGCACGCUGUUUGCAGUCACAACCGCCGACAAGGUGGACCGUCCUUGGCCCCGUGAGUGCCUAGAGGUGGCGAACGUUAUGGUGGAAGAAUGCAAGCUGUUCUUCGUCGAACAGGAAUCGCCUCCCACCGCCGAGUGCUGCGGCUGGUUCAGUAGCCGCCGUGAGAUGGCUAAGGACAGGAGUCGGAUUUGCAGGUGUAUGGAGUUUCUGACCACAGCCUUCGAUUCAAUCAAGCCAAGUGUUUUGGCUCUUUCUGACCAGUGCCAUUUCGGCGGGGGCUUCCCCAUACCGAAAAACCAUGCAUGUACUUGUAAGCUCCAUUCCUUUGACCAAACUCUUUAAACGUCACUUGAUUUUGAUUGAGUAUCUCUAAUGGGAGAUUCGAAGAUGAGAAUAAGUAGACAAAGAACAUAAUGAUGUUGUAUCUCAAGGCUGUUUCAAUUUUCUUAUUUCAUUUAUUUGUAUGAAAAUAAACCAGAUUGCUACCAUAAAUAAAUUACAUCUUCUGGGAAA